AUGACAGUCUAUUCCUUAUCACUUCCUUCCGCAGAGCCCACGACGCCACCAGCUGCCGGCUCCAGCCGUCACGGAUCUCCUUUCGCCAGCCCGCUGGAAUGUCGUCCGAAAUUAAAGCGAAAAGCCGGCAGCCGUCCGCUAAUUUUUCCCAAACGACAACAAGCGGAACACUCACAGUUCCUACCGGAUGCUUUCAGAAAUGCUUCUUAUGCGGGUUCCGGCGAUCCUCCAUCUUCUUCUUCAACAAUGUCAUUAGAGGGCCUGGUCCGUGAACAUAGAGAACGACUGUACGUUCGCCCUUUACAAUGGACAAUGCAGCAUCUUCUUAUACUUCACUGCCAGUUCGUGGACCAUACUCGGAUGCCCGAUGAAGUUUCUGGACGACCUGAAGCGAAUGGUCCGGGAAACACUCGGCAAACCCGCCAAUUAAAACUCUUGCCAACCGCCAAAACCGCUCUGAACCAGUUGCAGACAAAAUUCCAUGAUCCCACAGCGAGGUUAUGGGCUGUUGAGGUUUUCCUUACUGUAUACAAACUCAUCAGUCCAAGGCCACCGAGUAGCUCAAUCUUCGAAUCCCUUCAACUUCGUUAUGGAAAGCACCUAGAAAUCCUUAAAGUGGGUCGUGUUUACUCACAACCAUCCAUGGUUAUGGCUUACAUAGAUCUGGACGAUGUUGAAUCACUACGACGAGCCACAGUUUACACCAAAUGGUAUCGAAAGCUUUUCAGGCGAUGGCCUGAUAACGAGCCUGUGAGAGCAAUUUUAAAUAAAAGGCUACGCCGAAUGCAACCUCGAGAACGGCAAUAUGAUCCGUUCUUGAUACCAGUUCUAGUAGCUUUAGGACAAGAGAGGCGGCGACGUAGCUUUGUCAGCGAUAUUUCUGACCCAUUUUCAGACGCACCUGAGCCGCCGUCGAGCCCGAAGCCGCCGCAGGGCACAAGACGAGCCUCUACAAAUGUUAAUAUCUUAGCUACAACCAGUCAUGAUCCGGAUCACAUUUGGACAUACACUGUUGAAUUCACCGACGCCUUUCUAGAUUGCUUUGACAACCCGUCCCAGCCCUGCGAAGCAGAUCAAUUAUCCAUAUCGCACUCAAGAAUACCGCUCUCACCGAUUGAGGUGACCGCAACAAUGCUGCUGGAGAUAUUUGCCACGAAGCAUUAG